UUACACAAGCACACGAACAAAUGUAGUGAUAUGGAGAUAUGAAGUGCCGCCUGCAGAAUUUCAUCAAGAUCUCACGUAUUACACAGGAAAACACCGAAAACUAAAACCAGUUUGGUAUGAAAGCAAAAAUUGUAAACAAAACAUAAUUGAGUUCAUACUUGUGGUGGCGGUAAAGAGGAGUGUCAGUUUUCCAAAAGAAAGUCAGAAGCGCAGGCAACAUUUACUGAGGCAAAUGCCAACUAGUUUUGUUUACUCAUUAUUUAAUACACUAUCAGCAGUGGCCGCAAAAAGAAAGUUUCGCUGCAUAGUAUUGCUUUACACGUCAAAGUCCAUGGAAUAGCAGUGCACAUAACUGCAAGUUGCAACCAUAUAGGCUCACAAAAACAUCAUUAGCAAAGUGCAAUUUAAAUUAUUAAGUGUUUUAAAUAGAUAAGAAAUAUAUGUAGGUCGUACAGAUUUUUACCUAAAUUAAAGUACAAAUUACGAAACGAAAUCCGUUAUACAACAUUGCAAACUCGAAUUCCUGACAAUGACGACACAACUGGAUACCGCUAAAACAAAUACUAUUUCACCAACAGGCGGUGGCGAUACUGGAGCUGAAUCGUCUACUUUAUCUAUUGACAAUCCGCGCUCAUCGCCAGAUUUUAAAAAAUACAUUAAGGAAAAAUGGAAAAUAAACAGCGCAUCGGAGCAAUUGAGCCAAAUAAUAUCCGGUGGCUUAGCUGCGGCUAUCACACGUACCUUCUGCCAACCGUUGGACGUGCUAAAAAUACGCUUCCAAUUGCAAGUGGAACCACUGAAGGAGCACAUCAACCAACAAUCAAAAUACACAAGCAUAGCUCAAGCUAUACGCACAAUUUACCGCGAAGAAGGUGUACUCGCCUUCUGGAAAGGUCACAAUCCAGGCCAAGUUCUUAGCAUAAUUUAUGGUAUAUCGCAGUUUUGGACAUAUGAACAAUUGAGUAUGGUGGCUAAGCAAACAACUUAUCUCAAGGAUCAUACCAACACAUCGAACUUUAUCUGUGGAGCCACGGCUGGUGCUACGGCUGUUAUACUAUCAACGCCUAUGGAUGUAAUACGUACACGUCUUAUUGCGCAGGACAAGAGCAAAGGAUAUAAAAAUGCAACACGCGCCGUAUCAACAAUAGUACGUACGGAGGGUAUAUGUGGAAUUUAUCGCGGUUUAAAUACAGCACUAUUGCAAAUUGCACCAUUAAUGGGUGCCAACUUUAUGCUUUAUCGAAUUUUCAGUAAAUCAGCUAUGCAAUUCUAUAAUGUGGAAAACCGAAGCGAACUGCCCACAUGGGUGCUGCUUGGUUUGGGCGGAUCAUCGGGCAUGCUCUCCAAAUCACUCGUUUAUCCCUUUGACUUAUUGAAAAAGAGACUGCACAUACAGGGUUUUGAAUCGAAUCGUCAAACAUUCGGUGAAAAUAUACGUGCUACUGGCAUUUUCAGUUGUUUGCGGAAGACUAUACAACAAGAGGGUCCAACAGGUUUGUACAAAGGAAUGGCUCCCACCUUACUGAAAUCUACAGUGACGACAGCGUUAUAUUUCGCCAUUUACGAUAAACUCAGGCAAAUACGUUGGUUUUCUUAACUACACAUGCAGAGGUUUAAGUUUAAAGCUUAAUAAUCUUUAUUUCUUUAUCUCGCUUUAAGCGUCUGAGAAUAAUGUUAAAAAUAUUAUUUAACUUAAAAAUUUUGUUAUGAGUCGGACUUUUAUUAUUUUUAAGAUAUUUUAUUGUGUGUAAAGUCAACAAUACCAUAUUUUUAAAAAAGAACGAACUUUCCAUUUUGUAUAGUACUUUAUAAGAAAGUAAAAAAAUAACACAAAUAGUUAAAAUGCAACGUACAUAAAUCCUUUAUCGAUCAUAUGGUGUAAAAUUCAAACUGAAAACCAGAACAGCCUUAAUUUUUUAAUGCAAAAAAUUGUCGUAAUAAAUAAAGCAUAGCGUAAACUGAAAAUGAAAUUAA